UCUGCUUCAUACUCAACCCUUCCAUUUAUCUCUGUUUCACGUGUAAAUUGCAACGCUUUCUCAUCGUUGAAUCCACGAAAAAUAACAACCCUUUCUUCUUCUUCUUCUUCUUCUUCUUCUUCUUCUUCUUCUUCUUCUUCUUCUUCUUCUUCUUCGUUCUUUCUUUCUUUCUUCUUCCGGGUUAAUCUUAAUCCAUCAUCAUGUCUUCAAUUUUGAGCUCCCAAGGAGUGGUCUUUGCAACAGCCAUGGCGGUCUCGGGCACUGUAAUCCUCCUAGCCUAUUGUCGACAGAAGCCACUCCCAGGUACCCAGUUCGCCGUCGAUCGGAAUUCCGACUCCACUGCUCCAGUUCUUCGGUCUUGCAUCUCUUCUGAUGGGAAGAAGAGAAACAAGAAGAAGAAAAGGGUUCACUUUGCAGAAGACGUAGUUGAUCCAAUUGGAAACAGCGAGGAGUUCCGGAGGGAGCACCACAAGAAAUCGUUGAGUUUGAAUCAAGUUUGCAGGUCUGUGAACCGCAGCGUCGUCCAAGGAAUGCCCGGAAAUCGAAUGGCUUUGUACAAUGGAAUUCUCAGAGAUCGUGUUCAGAGAAUGGCCUGCUCCUAUUGAUGAAUCCUUCAAAGUUUUUUCGAACGGUUUAAUUUGUAACUGUAGUCCUUUUUCCCCCUUAACUCUGUUUGUCCAAACAAACGAAGAGGAAUCUGUAGCUCUGCUUCUUCCAUUUGUAAAUAUCACAGCCUUGGCCUGAUAACUAGACACAGACAUUGAUUGGAGAUUAGGCCCUCCAAGAUUUUGAUUUUUUUACUUUGGCUAAAUGGGUUUCUACUUUCCAGUCAAUUUCUCAUUUCUGAUUCCCCCCUGAAAGAAUUCAUGGAAAUUUCACGGGUUUAUUUCUCCAA